AUGAAAUCAUUAUUUUGUAGUGUAAUAAAUAAUAAUGGUAGAAAAUUAAAAAUACAUAUUGCCAUUUGUUUGUUUCUGCUGUACCUAAUAAACAUACCAUUUUGCAAGACAAAGAAAAGGAAACAUUUUAAUUCAAUCGAUAGAAAUUUGUUUGUAGAUGUAAAAAAGGGAUAUAACUAUUAUUUUGAUAAUAAAAAAAAUAAUUAUUUUUCAAAAAAAUGCAAAAAUUAUCACAAAAUAAAAGAAGUUAAAAAUGUCAAUAUACAAUGUAAAGAGGUGGAUGAAGAAAAUAAAUUGCAAGGUGAGGAAAAAGAAAAUAAAGAAUUGUUUUCUAGCAUACCUCAAAUUAACCAAAAAAUUGUCGACUUUUUAGAAACAAAAGGAAUAAAAUAUAUGACAAAAAUACAAUCAAAAAGCUUUAUGCCAAUAUAUGAAGGUAAUGAUAUAAUAGGAAGAUCAGAAACGGGUUCUGGAAAAACUUUAGCAUUUGCUCUCCCAUUAGUUGAAAAAUUAUAUAAAAAUAUGGAAUCCAAAAAAAAAAUAAUAAAAAAUAAAUCAAACGAAAUAAAUUCUAUACAGCAUUUAUCUGAAGGACAUAAAAAUGAAAAUACAGAUAGCAUGGAUAAAUAUCCAUACAUUUUGGUUUUAGAACCCACUCGAGAAUUAUCAAAACAAGUAGAAACUACAUUUAAGGAAAUUAGUCAAUUCUACAAUUUUAAUAUUAUGUCUAUAUAUGGAGGGGAGAGCUAUACAUAUCAAGAAAAUAAAUUGCGAAAAGGAAUCCAAAUAUUAACAGGCACACCUGGACGUAUAAUUGAUCAUAUAGAAAAAAAAAAUUUGUCAUUAAAAAAUAUAAAAUAUGUUGUAUUAGAUGAAGCAGAUGAAAUGCUAAAUUUAGGUUUUACACAUGAUAUUGAAAGAAUAUUAAGUUAUAUAAAUAUCAAAGAUGCACAAGUACUUUUAUAUUCUGCUACUACUCCAUCAUGGAUUAAAGAUAUUAGUUCUAAAUAUUUAAAGAACCCGAUAUAUAUAGAUGUAAUAAAUACUAUUAAUAAAACAUCUAAAACUAUACAACAUAUAGCAAUAAAAACACCUUAUGAUAUAAAAGAAAAAGCAAUGCUUUUAGAAGAUAUUAUUUUAGUAAAAUCAAAUGGAGGGCAAGUUAUUAUUUUUACUCGAACAAAAUUAGAAGCUGAUAUUUUAUGCUCAGAAGGAUCAUUUAAUUAUUUAACCUUUUCAGUUUUACAUGGUAAUAUAGCACAAUCGACUAGAGAGCAUACAAUGCAAAGAUUUAGAAGUGGAAUGUUUCAGGUAUUAAUUGCAACAGAUAUUGCAGCCAGAGGGUUAGAUAUAUCGAAUGUAGAUUUAGUUAUACAAUGUUAUCCACCAACAUACCCAGCUAUUUAUAUACAUAGAUCGGGAAGAACUGGAAGGGCUAAUAAAAAAGGAAUGUCUAUUGUUUUAUUUUCAAAUGAAGAUAAAAAUGAUGUAAUAAAAAUAGAAAAAAAUUGUGGUAUUAAGUUUACUACAGAAUCAUUACCAAAUAAUGAACAAGUUUUUCAUUCUGUUUCUAAAAUAACUUUAAAAAAAAUUGAAAAUGUAAACACUGAAGUUUUACCAUUCUUUCAUAAAAGCGCAAAUGAAUUAAUUGAAAAAUCCAAUUUGUUAAAUAUUAAUCAAAUAGAUUUAAUAUCAAGAUGUCUAGCUAUUAUUUCAAAAAAAGAAUAUAUAAAAAAAAGAUCAUUAAUUAGCGGAUUAUCGGAUACUAUUACUUUAACAUUUUUAAAUAAAAAAAGAAAAUGGAAAAAUAUAUAUGAUGCUAUUUAUUGGAUUAAUAAAAUAUCUAAUGAGUUAAAUAUUAAUGUAUUUAAUAAAAUUUUACAAAUUAAAAUAAAUAAUAAAGAUCAAGAAUUUUCUUAUUUUGAUCUUAAUCAAAAACUAGCUGAAAGCUUAGUUCAAAAUUUUAAUAAUAUGGCAAAAAUAGAAAAUAAACAAACAUUUGAUUUAUCUAUUGCUCAAACUAUUCCUCCUCAAUCUGAAUUAUCUUCAGAUUCGUAUCGAACUAAUACUUAUUCACAAAAAAAAAGAAAUUAUUCAUACAAAAAACGUCCAUCUUACUACUAA